AUGAAUUAAAUUAAAUAUAGUUUUUGCACAGUCAGAAACCUUCUCUUACAAAAGCUCACUUCAGAUUUUACUCCUUAACAUCUAAGUAUUAUAAAUGAGAGUAAUCUUCAUUCUGUUCCUAAGGGUUCGGAAACUCAUUUUAAAAUUACAAUUGUUAGCAACGAAUUUGAAAAUAAAAGUCAUAUACAAAGACAUAGAUCUAUUUAUUAAUCAAUUGAUAAUCUAAAAAAUGAUUAUAAAAUUCAUGCAAUCUAAAUAACAGCAAAAACAUCCAAUGAAUGGCAGUAAUCUACAGAAGUUAACCCCACUCCAAGUUGCAGAGGUGGAUCCAAAGUGAAAUCCAGCUGAAAAUAGCAAAAUGAUAAUGAAAUUAUUAAUAAAAAUAAAUUUACAUUUAUAGUGA